AUGCCUGCCGACUACACAUCUACCGCCCGGGCUUUGUCCCUCCCCACCUCGCCUUCAGAAUCGCUUUCACCCGCAGACAAUGAUUCGUAUCCGCCAUGGAGUCAUUUGGCAUCUGGCAGGAGCAAUUCCGCCAACCCCUCCGAAUCACCUACCCUUUGGAAGCAGGUCGCUCAUCGCUUGAAUGAAACAUCGCAACGAAUGAUGGCAAUAUGGCGGAGAUUGAGUUUUUGGCAGAAAGUAGGUGCUGCUGCUGCUGCUUUGCUUGCCAAUCUCCUCGGAAUUGGAUUCCUGGUUUUCACGGGCAAAGUCUUCAUAUGGCUUGGCCCUGUAGCAGAGAAAUGGGAGAAAUCAGUGGGGGCAUACAUUGUCCUCUGGUUAUGUGUAUUCUUCGUCUCCUUUCCACCCUUGGUGGGGUGGUCUACCUUUGGUACCAUAUCUGGUUACAUCUUUGGCGUAUGGAAAGGAUGGCUUCUCUAUGCUUCUGCGACUGUGCUGGGAUCUACGUGCUCCUUCAUUGUUUCUCGGACUAUCCUGUCUAAGUUCGUGAAUCGAAUGAUGGAGCGUGAUAAGAGAUUCGCAGCUCUUGCGUUGACGUUGAAGUAUGACGGUCUGAAAUUGCUGUGUAUGAUUCGUCUCUGUCCUUUACCGUACUCAGUGUGCAACGGUGCUGUUUCAACCUUCCCGACCGUUCAGCCAUUGAUGUAUGGACUUGCCACGGCUAUCGUUACACCUAAGCUCCUUGUCCCGGCCUUUGUAGGCAGCCGGAUCCGUUUACUUUCCGAGAAAGGAGAGGAGAUGAGCGCAGGUUCUAAAGCCGUGAAUAUCGGCAGCAUCAUCGUAACCGUUGCGAUCGGGAUUUUCACUGGCUGGUACAUUUAUAAAAGGACUAUGGCACGAGCCAAGGAAUUAGAGGCUCAGGAAAGAGCCGAUAUACGUCGAUCUUUGCAGGCCGAUCAUGCUGACCGUCGCCCUCACCAUGCCUUUUCUGAGGACCCGUAUGUCAACACUGCCGCCACAACUCUUGCUCGUGACGAGGAGGAGCGUCUCGGGUUCCAUGAUUUCGAUGACGAUAAUGUCGAUCUGGCCAUUGACGAUGACAGCGGUGGCGAGAACUCGCCUAGGCUUCAAUCUCAGGGCCCCUACCGGGAUGAGUUCACAGAUAACGAUUCUGACGACGUCUUCAAGAAUGGAGACGGCGGUGAGGGGGAAACUUACGGCCUACAUACACACGUACGGAAGAGCUGA